AACUAGCUAGCUAGCUAACUACAUGUAGGAAACGUAAUUCACAUUUCCUGAUACGGAUAGCUGUAGCCUAUAACUUGUAGUCUGGGUUUGUGGGAUUUAGCUACUGUUGCUACUGUUUUACUUACUUAACUGCUUUUGAAACGGAAUACGGUUAAUGGCUUUGCAAGCAAAAUCCGACCCGUCAUCUGGGUGACAAGUAACUCUAGGUAGACUACUCUACUGUAACUUAACUGCUACAGCAGCCACCUAGUUAGUACUGUAUCGCAAGAACUACAGCUAGCUAGCAUAGCUUUCUUUCAAAACUAGCACCAAUUAAUUUACUUACUAGACUAGUCAGCUAGUUUGAUCUGAUCUUGUAUUACUAUGGACCUUCCCAUUCGUCAAUAUUUAACUCAGGCGCAGCAACAUAAAGAUGUAGGUGCACUCCGUUCAGCUUACGACUUGAUUGUCAAGGGAACGUCUGAAGAGACUGCCUCAGACACGCGAUGCUUUGGUCCUCCAGAGUUGUACGUUCUAUGUGCCGAGCAAGCUCUUCAGCUGGGUUGCAACAAGAUCAGCAGAGACUGUCUAAGGAAGUACUUUGAGGGUAAACCCCCUGCUAAUCAAUUCCUGUGUCGAGCAUACCUCUGCCAAGGCCAGCUGAACUCUCCCCAGACCGUUGGGAGUGUGGAAGAGAUUGAAAAGGCUGUGAUUUAUUUUCUCAAGGCGAUUGAGAUUUCAAAGGACAAACCAAGAUACCACUUUCUGGUGUUCAAUGCCUCAGUGCUGUACUUCCAGAAGGUGCGCCCUCUCAUGAGACCUCGGCUUCGCCAGCACCUGGUGCCCUCCCUCUCCCAGGUGGUGAAGGCCCUGGAGGAGGUGGGGGAGCCCAAUCACAGCUGGAGGGCACAUCUCAUGCAACUCCUUGUUGAAUGCCUUGUGGACUCAGGCAAAUGGAAGGAAGCUUGCAGUUUUGCCAAGGCCACGUCUGACUUCAUAGAGUCACAGGCCCCUGACCUGUAUCCCAAAAUCUUCUCCCUGCAGGUACGACACAAGUUGUUUGACUUCUCUAAAUCCCCCAAACAAACAGAAGCAAGUCCUAUGUUAUCUGUUAUUUACAAAAUGCAGAACCUGAAACAUGAGGUUGAGCUCGGCGAGGCGAAAAAUGACUACACCUCUAAGUUGAGUGAGAUAUUCCAUCUGCUGGUCCAGUCCGAGCCCCCCCCGCAGCCUGCUGUGGCCCCAGACACCAGGCCGCCUCCAGAGGAGCGCCUCUCGCCCCUCUCUCCUCCCGACAGGACGUCUUUCCUCCUGGAGCUAGCGCUGCUGGCGUCGCAGCUGAAACAUCAGCAGAUGGCUGCUGACUGUUUGAAAGAGCUCAAGACAGUGGGAGUCCAAAGUGUUGGGCAGGGCAUAAUGAUCGAAUGUGUCGAGUGUGAAUUGGACCUACAGAAACAAGGGGGCAAAAUGAAGGAUUACUGUAAAUCCAGCGUGGAGGCCCAGCUGAAGGUGGUAGGCAGGCUGGACCAGUUGCUGCAGAAUGCAGUGAGAGACGGGGACGCCCGUGUCAUGCAGGGUGUGUGUGCCACACAGUGGAACGCCUGUCUACCUCUCCUGCAGCACAACCUCAGGAGGAAAAUAAAGUCAGCGCUUCUCAGAUUGGCUGAAGCCCUUGAAGACACCCACAGCUUGCUGCUGGAGUCACGCUGUCAAGUCCACUCGGAGCUGGCGCUGAUAGAGGAGGAGGAGGGGAGGUUGGACCCGGCCCUGGUUCAUCUUCAGAAGGCCCUGCUGCUGGAUGAGGGAGGGGUGCAUCGCGAGCGCCUCUGCUCAGCCGUCCACCUCCUGCAGCUCAGUGGGACCCUCUAUCAGACCCCCGCCAGGACAGAGGACCAGGCUGCCAUGCUCAUCCAACAGGCGAACGGGCAGCCACAGGAGGGGGUGAGGAGGAGACGGCCCAUGCUGGUCACCGCAGGGCUCGCUCUGGCACCUGAUGCUUUCCAGGUGCUACUGGACGCAGACAACACUGUACAAGGCACAGAGGGCCCUGGGCUUGUGGGCCAGCUCUCUGCUAGGGCUCAGCACCACGCUGCUUGUGUAGGCAAGCUACACGGACACCUGGCCAGACAGACAGACAGCAGCAACCCCAGAGAGAGGAUGAAACUGUGGGCAGCUUUAGCAAAGGCAGCCAGGAAGCAGGAAGUAUGGGAUGUGUGUCGUGCUGCCUGUCGAUUCUGCUUGCUUUAUGAUGAUGGAAGAUGGAAAAUCCCCAAAACUGAGGGUGAACGGAAAGAAGACGAGAUCCUCGGAGGCAGUUUCCAUGGCGACCUGCGUCCGUUGGCAGUGGGACUGGUCCAAAGCACAGAGAGGGACUUGCUCCGCCUCUUGGCUGAAGUCUGCUUCAUUAACGCAGAGGCCACCAUCCACAAGCUGCGCACCGAGGGAGUGCAGCUCAACAGCCCUGCCGUGCCCCCGGAUGAGAGAGGGCGUGGCCCCUCAGACGACGAUCCACAGUGGACAGUCUACAAGGACUGGAUCCAGAGUUUGUCGGCCUACGCCACCUCCAGCUUCCUGCGUGCGGCGGACCUGGGGGCAGAGUUAAGGGAGGCCUGGGUGGUUGUCAACGCAGCAGUGUACUUGUGGAACUACAACAGCCAUCUGCUGGCUCAAGGGGAGCACAGACGCCUCCUCGCCCCCUUCCAGAAGCUGGUAGAGCUGCUCAAACAGACGGGACACGCAGGGGAGCCGGUGUUGUUGGUGUUGCUGUGCGAUGCAGUGGCCCAGGGGAUGAUCCAGCCCUGGAGCGGGGCCGGGGCUGGGGCCGGGGCUGGGGCCGGGGCCGGGGCCAGUCAGGAGACGCAGGAUGGUGGAGGCAGGGGGGCUCCUCCAGGGGACAAGGCCAAGAAAGCAGCUGGGAAGGGAGCUGAGAGGAGCAGCAGCGUCCAUGGGGUCUUCCUGGACCCGGCUGCCCUGCAGGAUGUACGCAAGGCACUGGAGCUUUGUGACUAUGCACUUCACCUGUCCAACUGCAACAUUCCUGGGGAGAGCAUCCCCAUUGCUGCCAGGAAACAGGUGGUCUCCACGUGGGUGCGGUCCAAGAGGCUCCUUCAGCAGCAGAUUGGCCAAAAGCUGGACAUUGAUGACGAGUGUAAGAAUGAGUCAGUGUCUGCCAUGACACGUGUGUUGGUUGGAGUGGAGAUGUUCCUGUGCAACAGUCACCCCAGACAGAUGGAGUUCUCUGUCCCGAGUCUGUCUGCUUUGGUUCGCAUGGCAUCUGAUUGCAAGUGGAGUGACCCUGUGGUAGAGCUGCAGGUAUGGACCCAGCUGGCCUCCUUUUCCUACCACGCCCACGACCACAACCUUGUCAGAACCUGCACCCACAAUGCACUGCAGCUGGAAGAAGCUGCUUCACAGAGGCUGAAAGUCAUGCCCAAUGCUCUAUACAAGCCCUCAGCAGUGCAGGAGAUCCUGAGCAACGCGGCCCUUUUGAGAGGACUUAGCAUGGCCCACAAGUCCAGUGGCCAUCCCCAAAGCUAUAAAGCAGCCCUGAGAAUGCUCCAGUCCAGUGUCAGCUACGCAGAGCAUGCUGGGAACCCUGCUCUGUGCGUGGCUGCAGCCAGGCACUACUGGAACGCCUGCCUGCCCCUGACGGAGACCCCUGCCGAGAGGCAGCACCUCAGGCAGCCUCUGGAGAGCGUCCUGCGCGCCCUGGCCCCCUGCAGCACCAAGGAGCCCAGGGGGAAAGGUAAAAACCUCACUGCAGGGCCCUCUGGGAGCUCUUCGGGCUCGGGGACCGGUGAGGGUGACCUGACCCUGAUAGCAGCCAUGUACGGGCUGCUCUUCCACAUCCAUGCCGACAGGGCUGACUGGAAGCAGGCUGUGCAGGUGCUGGAUGAGGCCAUCAGAGACAUGCCCCGCACCAGAGCCAGGAUACUCCUGUUCAAACACAGGGUGUUGGUGCGAGCGCGGCUGGGAGAGAGCGUGCUGAUGGACAUGCAGAAGUUCAGGGACGAGGGGGAGCUCUCCUGUUCCCACAUGUGGCACCGGGUGGCGCUGUGUGCCCAGGACAUGCUCCAGCAGCUGGCCAGCUACCAGAACUCCAUCACAUCCCUGGUGUCUUUGCAGAGUCAGUGGCAGAAGGUGGAUUACCUGUUGGAGUUUGGAGGAUGGCUGUUCUGUCAGAACUUCCCCCUGGCUGAUGCCCAGUCCCAGGUCCAGUGGGCCGUCGACAUCCUGCUCCUCGUGGACCCUGAUCAGGGAGGAAUCACAGAUAAAGCUUUGUCAAAGGGGUGUGAACCGAAAGGAUUGGAGAGGAAGGAGAAGUUGCAAAGUGGAGAGAAAGCUGAGGGGGCAGGUCUGAUCCCUGUCAAGUGUGAGUCUCACAUCGGGGUGCAGGGGGUACCGGCUGCUCCCUGUCUGUCUGACCUGAGGGAUGUGAGGCGCCUGGACGGCCUGGUCCGAGCACACACGCUGCUGGCCGUCAUGGCCGACAGGACGGACCCCCAGCACCAACAGAACCUGCUCAGGGCCUACUGCUGUGUGCUGCAGAUCUGGCAGGUGUCCAUGGCAACAGCUGUGGAGGUCAUCAAGGAGAUGCAGAAGAAACUCACUGGGCAGCUGUCCCAGCUCCCCCCCUCUGCCACCUCCAAAAAAGACAAAGAGAAGGAGAAGGACAAAAGCAAGAAGACCAAAGAUGUACAACCAGCCCCCCUCGAGGAGAGGCCUAAACCCAGACCUUACAGCAACGCCCUCCCCUGCUCUCCUGAGGAGUGGGCCCGCUACGACUGCUCGGAGGAGCUCCGCCAGGCCUUCAGAUACGACUCCAGCCCCAACAGCAUCAACACACACAGCAUCAGCAAACAGACACAGAGCAUUUUUUACCUGGAUCUGCUGGCCAAGGAGCUGCAUUCUCUCUCCCUCACCCACCUCACCCUGCCCAUAAUGCACCUGGCCGAGGUCAUCGCCCAUGACCUGCUGGACAGACAGAGCCUCUCUGAUCUCUACCGCCUCAGAAUCGUAAAGAGCUGUUGUCAGUUGGGGAUGGAAACAUGUUCACCGUUCCGUGAGCAGGUCCUCAGCCUGGCUGGUCUCCCUGAGCAGGAGCAGAUGGAGUGCCGCAGAGCCCUAACCCUGCAGGCAGAGAGGAACGGUCUAGAAGGAUGCAAGAGAGAUGAGCCGUUUGUGCUGGACCACGGGGGGGUGUCUGGGAAGCAGGGUGCGGAUGUGUGUGCUCCGGGUGUCUGGGUAGACAAGGCGCAGGAGUGUCUGAGCCUGGGGCUGUACCAGCCGGCCAGACAGCUACUGGCAGAGGCCCAGCUGGUGGCCAAGGUGCUAGGUGACCAGGCUGCAGUGGCUAGGGCAUUUUACGGUCUUGCAGUCCUAGCCAGCUCUGAACAGAACCACAGCCAGGCUCUCGCCCUGCUGGAGAAGGCCCGGGAGCUGGGGGGCGAUGAGGAGUUUUGGUAUCAGGUCACGCUCGCGCUGGUGAAAUCCACUGUGGACCUGAAGGCUCCGGAUACCGCCGCUAAGGUCGAUCAGAUCAUAAAGCGGGGCUGUGGGGCUCUGAAGCUGGUGCUGGGGCAGAGGCAGAACAGCGCUCCAUACCUCCGCUUCCUCCUCACCUCUCUGGAGACCAGAGGAGCGCGAGAGCGGGUGUGCGGAGCCAGGCCUUGCGAGCCUGGAGAGACUCUGUCCACCCAGUCAGUACAGAAACUGAUGGCUGCUUGUGAUACGCUCAGAGAGGCAGUGGGAGAAUUCCUACGGCUGGGCCGGAGAGAGCAGGCUGUGGAAGCUCUUCUGGAGCAUGCACAGGCUCUGAGAGUUCUGGCCUCACACGCUGUCAAUGUGGAAGGGAAACAGCGCUAUCUAUUGGAUGCAUUUUCCCUUCUGCAGCAAGCUGUCUUCGUACAGGAACAUGUGGCGCUAAAUGCCCAAAGCCUGUUCCCAUCACAGGAGGGUCGUCCCCUGGCUCUGCCAGCUAUGCGUGCGCUGGUGCGUGUGAGACUGGCCCUGGCACAGUUGUCUCUUACCAUGCUGGAGCAGGUGUGUGUGGCGGAGAAGAGACUCGCCCUGGCCCAGGACAGGAAGGGCUCUGUGGAGAGGACCCUGGAGGAGUUUGGACGCAGCACACCUGACCUCAAUUCAUUGGAGCAGGAAUGGGUGACUGUGGGCAGGACCCUGGCGCAGGUGGCUCUGUGCCAGCUGAUCACGGUCACCUCUCUGUCCCUGGACUGUGUGGACAGCAGAGCCCACUCCCUAGGCCUGAUGGGAAAGUGCCUGAGGCUGCUGGCCAUGCAGAAGGACCCUCUGUACCCUUACUCCCUCUGGGAUGGACACAACUUGGACGAGGGCCGGGCCGGGGACGAGGCCCCCCCAGCGCUACCAGGCGAUGACUUAUCCAAAGAGAAUGUUGGGGGCUCAAGCGGAACGGAGGCCAGGCUAUACCCGGCCAAAUGUGCUGAGCUUCAGGGGAGGAGGCGCACGGCCCAGGAGCUUCUGGCCCAGGCCACGGAGACCCUGGGCCAGGCCAUCGCUCUCUGCCUGCAGCACAGGCUGCCCCCUCAUAUCCUCUCACAAGCCUGCCUCAACAUGCUGGAGUGCCACGGCCAGUUUGACCCAGGGGCCACUGGUCAGUACAUGGCCCUGCUACAGAGCUGCUCCUGUGUGUCUCUGCUGGCUGACGUUGUGAGCUCAGCCUGCUCAGACCCCAGUGUGUCCCGGCUCUCUGCCCUGCUCAACCUGCACAGGAACCUGCUCCUCACGCAUGAGGAGAGCCCUAGCAAGCUGCUGGGGGCGGCCGAGGACUCCCUCCACAGCCUCUCUCAGGUUUAUAGCCACCUGUCAAUCAACCCCAACCACCUGAGUCUCUUAGGAGAGCUGCCAUCCAACAUGAAGAUCCUGCUGCUUCAGCACUCAGAGGACAGAUCAGUCCUCUAUGCAGCUUUCUAUGAGAGGAGCAAACAUACUGAGAGUCAGAAGGGAAAAGCCAUGCAGGGAUCAGCAGGUACACUGGUCUGCAGUCGGGUCGCCAAGGUCUCUGUCCAUCCUGGGGCCCUGCUGGCCCUCCGUGCCAAGACGAAGGCCUUCCACCACCAGACGAGACACGCCCUGCUCAAGGAGGCCCGUUGGCAUGGCAACCACAGCCGCCCGGGGGCUGAUGGCGAGCGUCACAGCCCUCCCAAAUGCACCACGGAAGAUGGACUGGAAUCUCUCUUCAGAGAGGUGGUGCAUGAGAUGGAGGCCUACCUGCAUCCAGUUCUCUCGCAAUUUGAACUUUCAUGCCUCAGGCACCAGACUCCAUCGAUAUCCAUCCCCGAGUCCAGCAAGCCCAAAGAAAAGGACGAGAAAGCCGGUCCAGACAAAGGUCUAAGGGUGGGCUCUCCCGCAGAGCUGGGAGCGUGUGUGGUGCUCCUAGCUGAUGUGCCGCUGAUGGAGCUGCCUCUGGAGGCCUUGUCCGGCCUGCAGGACGAGGGCCUGAGCUCCGUGUCCCGUGACCUCUCCCUGCAGCUCCUGCACUCUCGCCUGCACAGGAAGGAGCAGCCAGUUGAAAGUGACAAUAAAAAGGAGACCAAAGGUGGAAAGGGAGCCAAGGGAAAAGGAGAUCAAAGCAAAGCCAUCAAAGUGGUGCCUGUAAAUCGUGUGUUGCCUCCGAACACCCAUCCGGUUGACACACACAAGAUCAAAUAUAUCAUCGACCCUUAUGACGAAGGAGAACUUGAGGGUGCUAGCCUGUCUGAGAGGAUGAAGAGGACUCUGGAGGCCCACAGCCAGCAGUUCACACCCCUCUGGGAGGGCUUCAUGGGGGGGGAAUGCACACCCAGUGUUGCCGAGGUGGAACAGCUGCUGACAAGCGGCAGUGCUUUCAUCUUCCAUGGAAUGGAGCGCUUCCUGGCCAACAUCCCUCCUGCCACGCUGGCCGCCCUCAACUUAUCUGAAUGCCAGAUGGCCCUCAUCUUUGACCUGGUCCAGAAUAGCGCCAGCAUGCUCCGUCAAUCCAAGCUUGACGUGAGCAAGAGUGAAAGACACAUGGUCUUGGAGAAACCCCUGGAGACAGUCCUGCUGCUGAGUCUAAGUGGGGUCCGCUGUGUCACCCUAAACCAGUGGCAUAGCAGCCUCCAGAGAAAUGCUUGCAACAUGGAUGCCAUCAUGGACAAUCUCCUGAGGGUAGGACUAACAUCUGGCCAGGCUGUCCAUGCCCUGAGGAAAGGAGAAGUUCAGAGCAUAGACCAAGAUGGGAAAGCUACUCCUGCAUCAAAUGAUGCUGUUUCACAUGUGGGUUCUGACUCAAGAAGAGCUGAGAGCUUGGACGACCCACCGCACCGCAAGCUUCCCCCGCUCUCAGCCUACAACUACAUUAUCUACGGACUGCCCAACUUGGUGGUUACCUGAUACACUUGAGUCCCCGCAAACAUGUUUUUCUACUCUUAAAGAAUAUACGACAGGUCCCCAGUUCUGACCAAAGUACAGUAAUCUAAUAAAAGAGAAACUUCUAAAGCUCUUAAAUCAAACAAAAAAAUCAUAUUCCUUAAGAUGAUCCAGUUCACCCAGAGGCAGGUCACCAUGUUCUUGCCCUGACUUCAGUUACAUAAACAGCUUGCUCUUCCCAACCUGUUUUGCUGUCUAUUCACACUACACUACACAGAUGGAAGUCUUCUAAAGUCCUUGGCACCAGACCUUCUAUAGGGGAGUAGGGGGCAGCAAGGGGAGCCCUCUGAGGCAUGGUGGUUCUCCUGACCCCUUUACUGCACAGGACCUCACACUGCUUCUCUGACUUGGCAGUCAUUCUAUUUCACUUGAAGUAUAUUGACUGUUGCUGUCUUUAUGUUUGGCUUUUUAAAGCCACUCCUUUGUUUAAACUUUAUGUCCAA